AUGACCAACACUGUAACCAUCUCUGAGCUCCAGUUCGAGCACUACCCCACCGGCUUGGGCGUCUCGCACGCAUCGCCCCGCCUCUCAUGGCGCUUUGACGGCGACGCCCGUGACUGGACCCAAGUCGGGUACGAGGUGCGCGUCACCCGCAACGGCAAGGCAAAGACCUUUGCUGUCGACUCGGCGGCAUCUGUCCUUGUCCCGUGGCCGUCGGAGCCCCUCGCAAGUCGUGACGCCGCCCAUGUCGAGGUGCGCUCCCGCGGAGCCGACGGGUGGACAAACUGGACCGCGGCCGACGUCGAAGCUGCUUUCCUGGACCGUUCCGAUUGGAAGGCCUCCCUUUCCGCCUGCUCCGAGAUUGGCAAGAACGGCAACCUGGUCCUCAAGGGAAUGGCUAUGGAGCAGGUUCCCGACACGCGUGACAAGAAGCCCUACCGUCUUCGCAAGACGUUCACCCUUGACACUGUGCCCAAGACUUCGCGUCUGUACGUCACUGCCCAGGGUGUGCAUACCACAUACAUCAACGGCCACCGCCUCCCCGACCUCCUCGAGCCCGGAUGGACAUCAUACCAGCGCAACAUCAACUACCGCGCAUACGACGUCGCUCCGUUCCUGCAGCCCGGCAAGAAUGUCAUUGCGUCGUGGAUCGGCGAGGGAUGGUUCUCCACCCGUCUGACGUGGGGCGGAGGCGUUCGCGACAACUGGGGUCACCGCCCGGCCCUUCUUGCCCAACUCGAGGGUGAUGGCCAAGUCCUCGCUGCCACCGGUGACGGCUGGGAGUGGUCGUACGGUGCCACCACCCAGGGCGAGAUCUACGACGGCGAGACGUUCGACUCGAACGUCGACGACGUGGAGUGGCUCACAGCCGACAAGCCUGCAGGAGAGUGGAAGAAGGCCGACGCACUCCCCCUCCCUGACACCAACCUCGUCACCCCCGAGAUCCCCCCCAUCCGCGAGUACGACCGCCUGAAGGUUGUCGAGGUGAUCACCACACCCAGCGGCAAGACUGUUCUGGACUUUGGUCAGAACUUUGCUGGACACGUCGAGAUUGUGGCCCAGCCAACUGGAACGGGCACUUUGGUACUGCGCCACGCCGAGGUGUUGGAGAAGGGAGAGCUCGGCGUUCGCCCCCUGCGUGUCUGCAAGGCCACCGACAACAUCAUCCUCGGUGGCAAGGUUGCCGGGUGGCAGCCCAAGUUUACCUUCCAUGGAUUCCGCUAUGUCCAAGUCUCGGGCUGGACCGCGCCCAUCAAGGGCGACGAGUUUGUCGGCGUCGCCAUCUCCUCCAACUGCAGCCGCACCGGACAGUUUGACUGCUCCCACCCCAAGAUCAACCGCCUGCACGAGAACGUUGUUUGGUCCAUGCGGGCCAACACCAUCUCGGUGCCCACCGACUGCCCCCAGCGUGACGAGAGGAUGGGAUGGACAGGCGAUGCCCAGGUCAUCACUCCCACCUUCAACUUCCUCUUCGACUCGGCCGGCUUCCUGCGCAACUGGCUCCGCGACCUGCGCGGUGAUCAAGCCGCCAGCAACGGAUGCGUUCCCAUCGUCAUUCCCAGCUUUGACUCCAUCCCCAUGUUCAGCAGUCCUCACGCUGUCUGGGGAGACGUCGCGGCCCUUAUGCCCAACGACCUCUACACUAGCUUUGGUGACAAGGACAUUCUGGCCGAGAGCUUUGAGAGCAUGAAGUCGUGGCUCGGUGCCAUUCCCCGCUCGGAUGUUGGGCUGUGGGACACCAGCCUGUUCCAGUUUGCCGACUGGCUCGACCCCAAGGCGCCACCCGAGCGUGCUCAGCUGUGUACCACCGACCCCUUCCUGGUCACCGAUGCGUACUUGAUCCACACCACCCGCACUGUCGCCAAGGUCGCUCGCGUGCUCGGCAAGGACGACGAGGCUGCCAAGUACGACGCCAAUGCCCGCGAGCUGCUUCAGACCUUCCACGACCUGUACAUCACAAAGGGCAACCGCGUCGUGAGCGACACUCAGACGGCCCUCAGUCUCAUCCUUCAAUUUGACCUCGUCGACCCAGCCCGUCCCGAGCAGAAGGAGGCUCUUGUCAAGAGGCUGGCACUCCAGGUCUCAAAGGAGGAGUGGCAGGUUGCCACUGGCUUUGCGGGCACCCCGCUCAUCCUCCCUACCCUGGCGGCGAACGGACUCACCAACCACGCCUACCGCAUGCUGCUGAGCCGCGACUGCCCCUCGUGGAUGUACCAGGUUCUCAUGGGCGCCACCACAAUGUGGGAGCGAUGGGACUCGAUGCUGCCCGACGGCACCAUCAACCCGGGCGAGAUGACGUCGUUCAACCACUACGCUUUUGGUGCCGUUGCCGCGUUCAUGCACAACACGAUCGGUGGCCUCUCGCCGCUCGAGGCUGGAUGGAAGAAGGCCCUCAUCAAGCCCCAGCCCGGCGCCAACCUCACCCACGCGUCGGUCGAGUUCAAGUCGCCCUACGGCAAGUAUGCUGUUUCGUGGCGUCUCAACGGCGACGACCUGUCCGUCGAGGUCGAGGUGCCGCCCAACGCGUCGGCUGUGGUCGAGCUGCCGGGCGUCAACGAGACGGUUGGCUCGGGCACGAGGUCGUACAAGGUCAAGUGCGAGGCGCAGGAGUGGCCACCCAAGUCACUUCUUCCCAACCCUAUGCCCGGCGGCUCAACGGAAGACAAGUGGGUUAAGGAGUAG